AUGGCAAUUCCCAGCCAUUUCUGGAAUUUCUUGGUGCAGAUUUGCUUCUUGAUUCUCGCUUUCAACUACGAAUGCAAUGGCCAAAACAUCCCAAGAUUUAGUGCCAUUUUUGCCUUUGGUGAUUCGGUCUUAGAUACUGGUAACAACGACUACUUGAAUUCAAUAGCUAGAGCCAAUUAUCAGCCAUAUGGCACAAAUUUCCCAGGCAAAAUCGCCACCGAAAGGUUUUCUGAUGGGAAACUUGUGCCAGACCUUCUAGCAUCCUUGCUAGGCCUGAAGGAACUUGUGCCCCCUUAUCUACAGCCAAAUCUAACCGAUCGCGAACUGCUAACAGGAAAUCUUCAGGAUUACCUCAAGAGGCUGACAAAUGUUGUAGGGAGACAAGAGGCUCGAAGAAUUGUCAAUCAGGCUCUGGUUCUUUUGCAUGCGGGGGCCGUUGAUUUCCUAUACCACUUCGAUGUCUCAAGGACUAAUCGAAGAAUUCAGUUCACUGUAAACAACUACCAGGAUUUUCUUCUGGGCAAAUUGCAAGAUUUUUUAAAGGAGCUGUAUGAUCUUGGCUGCCGCAGGAUUAUUGCAUCAAACCUGCCACCACUUGGCUGUUUGCCCAUCACAAUGACUGUAAAUUCCCCAAUUUGGGGAGGAUGUAUAGAAAAAAUCAACGUGGACACUCGGUCUUAUAAUGACAAGCUAGGGAACCUCCUACCCCAAGUACAGGCUAAACUCCCAGGAAUCAAACUUGUCUAUCAAGACACUUAUGGUUUGGAUUUGUGGAAACUAGAUGAGGAUGUUGCGGUAUUGGAAUUUGGGACAUCGUGUAUUCCAAUCACUCCAAUUUGUGGGAACGCUUCCCAGUAUUUUUUUUGGGAUAGCAUUCAUCCAACUGAAGCAGCAUGCCGGAUUGUGGCCAAGGAAAUCUUGAAUAAGUUGGUGGAAAGCAAUUAA